GGGGAUGAGAAGAACUGCUUGAUGGUAUACUUGAAAGUUUUUGGAUCGCUUGAUAACUUAUCCUUUAUAGUGGCAUUGUUGGUGUCAACAUGGAAGUCAGCCACUCUGUCAAAGAGAGGACCAUUUCAGAAAACAGCCUGAUCAUACUUCUUCAGGGACUUCAUGGUCAUGUCACCACUGUUGAGCUCCGGGAUGAAAGCUCAGCCACUGGCACCAUUACUAAUGUAGAUGCUUUCAUGAACAUUCGUCUGGCAAAGGUCACUUACAGAGACCGUCGAGAGAGAGAGACAGAGUUAGAUGACCUUUUCGUUACAGGACGCAAUAUCCGUUACGUGCAUAUUCCUGAAGAGGUGGAUGUCAUUCACACGAUUGAAAACCAGCUGCGAAAAAUUCAAACUGUCCGUGGCUUUGGUGGAACAGGCAGGAAAGAGUUUGCAAGACGAAAGCCCAAGUGAAAAAAUGUCUUUUGACCUAGAACAGUUUCUACAAUUGCAUUUAGCACAGCAUCUUUUCCUUUAGACACCACAAAGAUACUGCAGCUGCCAGUAAGGCUGCAUACAGUAUAGGACAGCCAAAACAUUUUUUAAAAAGGUGUAUAAUAUUUUCUUGGUGACAUUAUCUUAUAAUAGAAUAAAUGUGAAUUUGACA